AUGGAACCGGAAACACCAAAAUCCGAUGAAAACGAAGGGAUGAAUUCAGAUGUCGAUUCAACCCAUCCAAUCUCACCAGCAACUGAAACGGCAACAUCUUUAUCGUUAUCGGAGGAAAAAGAAAAGGUAGAAUCUACGAGAGAUUCUUCAGCAGUCCAAUCGCCUCAGCAGGAGCAAGAACUACCUUCAGCCCCAACGGAAUCGGAAGAGAACUCGACCUCCCAGCCAUCAGAUGCUGUUGUUCCCUCAAAUUUAUCGAACGCAGAGAAUGAUGAUUCACCAUUACCUGUUCCUUCCAACAAGAGUGCAUUCGUUGAUGCGCAAAUGGAGGAUUCCUCGCCAAUAGCCGAUGACGAUAUUGAUGUUGAAGCAAUGACACCAAAUCAAACAAAUGGUAAUACUGCGGCACCAAAAAAGGAAGAAAAUCAAAACCUUGCCAUUGAUACCAAGAGUCUUGAGUAUGACUCGGUUGUGGAAGAGGAGGAGGAAGACGAAGAGAAACGUUGUGGUAUGCCGAAACGAACAUGCUUUGCAGUGACGGUUAUUUCCCUAGUGAUAUUAGCGAUUGCAUUGGGCAUUGGAGUCGGAGUAUCCACUGGCCGCAAAGAUGAUGAUUCUACCAGUGCUGCUCGAUCGAUCCCUACCACAGCUCCUACGUUUGUGGUGUCAUUGGCACCAACGCCAAUAGUGACAACCAAACCAACCCCGAGCCCUUAUAUGCAAGGUUUGGCUAGUUUUGUUUUGCCGCCAGGGCAGGAACUUGAGGGCUUGGAAGAAUCGGGUCCAGAAUACAUCGCAUUGACGUGGAUGGCCGAAGAUGAUGUCCGAGGAGUUCCGCUGAGAGCUAACUCGACGGAACUAUUGGAGCGAUUUGCCUUGGCCACUCUAUAUUAUGCUACAAAUGGAGAUGAGAUGUGGAUCAACAGCUUUCUUUGGUUGACUGGAAGUCCUCACUGCAAUUGGGAUAUGAUCGAUUGUACAGCAGAUGGUUCCGUGAGGGGAAUCAAUAUGGGAGGGAACAACCUGACUGGAACCUUGCCGAACCUUGCCUUUUGGAACUUGAAGAACGUAGAAAAUAUAGACUUUGGGACCAAUUUGCUCACCGGAAGCUUGCCAUCAUUUCCGAGUAAAGCCUCGUUUAUUAAUUUGGAAGCUAACUAUUUUUCAGGAAGCAUACCCACGACGAUUGGCGAAAUGACAAGUCUGAAAAACUUUGCGGCGGCACUGAACCAACUCACUGGAAAAAUCCCAUCUGAACUUGGCAUGCUCUCGGAGGUUACAUCGCUUCAAUUGUGGGAAAAUUCACUGACAGGCUCGUUACCUACGGAAAUCACUAGGCUCAGAAAGAUGAAGUAUUUGGGACUUGCCAACAAUCUCUUUGAAGGAACACUGCAUGCAGAACUCGGCCUCAUGUCAGAUCUAGUUGAUCUUCAACUCUUUGGCAACGGAUUUGGAGGCACAAUACCGAGUGAACUGGGAUCGUUAUCUCUACUUGGGGAGUUGGGUCUGAGCAGCAAUACUCUUGAAGGGACCCUUCCCAGUGAGCUUGGAAGUCUCACGGCACUUUCGAUUUUGGCACUUUCCAACAAUAAUAUUUCAUCAACAGUCCCCUCCGAAUUUGGAAAUAUGCCUAGAUUGGAGUACCUGAAUUUGGAAGAGAACCCUCAGUUAUCCGGAACGAUUCCAACCGCUCUGAUCAAUGCUCCCCUUCUUUCAUACUUCGAUGUCUCUGGGUGUGCAAUAUCUGGUAGUAUUCCCACUGAAAUUGGUCUCUUCACUUCGCUGACAUUCUUAGACCUUUCCAAGACACCUACGGUUGUUGGUACAUUGCCGAGCGAGCUCGGGAAUUUGAGCCAGUUGCAGACGCUUUCAGUGUGGGGGACAAAAAUCACUGGUACAGCGCCUUUCCAACUGAGUCGUCUAUCGAACUUGUCUCGAGUCUUUUUCGAUGACACCGACUUGACAGGCGGAUUGGCAAAUUUAUUUUGUGAUCGCACGGGGUCUCCAGAGUUUAGCUUUUGGUCUGACUGUGGUGGGCUCCAACCGGAGAUAGUCUGUAGGUGUUGUUCGUACUGCUGCGACCCGACUGGGUUGGACUGUGAAGAAGUUGCUACGAAUGCUGGUACAUAG